AUGUCUCUUUCGAUCUUCAUACACUUCUGCCUGCUUUUCCUGGUUCCGGUGAACGCCCUCUUUGGCCAUGAACAAGCGCCGCUCUCCAGUGAUGAGGCAGAUUGGGCUACGCUGCACAUGGCAGAAGAACACCACAUAGCGAACCUCGAUCCCGCCUCAUUCUUCACUCUACAUGAUUACGACAGUAACGGUCUCUGGUCAAAAGAAGAAGUGCGCAGGACGUACGGACUAGAUGACGAAAGCACGAAGGAGGUGACGAAGGAAAAGAAGGACGAAGUUGUGAAAACCGUGAUUGAUAUUUUUGAUAAAGAUGGAGAUGGCGUCGUGAGUAGGGAUGAAUGGAUGAAGGGAUGGCGGGAUGAGGGAAAGCGGUUACCGGACUUCGGGACGGGACCUGGGCAUCAUGGCGAUGAUGAAUACGAAUAUGAGAUACAUCAUUUUGAGAAAUAUCACGACGAGAAUACCAAGGAGGAAGAUCUUACGCAUCCUGAAGACAUCGAACAUUUCAGAAAACAUGAUGAGAUGGACGCGGCCGCUGAGCGGCAGGCCAUGCUAGAUCGCAUGCAGAUUGUAGAGCAAAAUAUACCCCAGAAAUUCAGAAGGUACUGA